AUGCGGUCGGCACUGCGCGCCGAAUUGGGGUUGCGCGGCAGGGCCUCACUAGUCACGCGGCGGCGUGCGGCGGCGUUCCGGCCGGCGUGCCAGGCGGGAGCGUCCACUGACUGGGGCAAGGCCGCGGCGCGGACAGCCGUUGACCGGUGGGUCAAGCCCGGCAGCGUCGUCGGCAUCGGCACGGGCGAGAUCGUGAGCCACGCGGUGGAGUACCUCGCGCAGCAAGUGGCCAGCGGCAAGCUGCCCGGGGUGGUGGCCGUCCCCUCCUGCAGCACGGCGGCCAGCGAGGCGGCUUUCCAGGGCUUGGCCAUGAGCUCCCUGGAGCAGCACCCCAAGGUGGACGUGUUCAUAGAGCAGGCUGAUCAGAUCGACGUCGCAGGCAACGCCUUUUUGAAGGGCAUCCGCGCGGAGCCCGUCCAGCCCGACCUCAUUGCGUUCAGGGCCCUGCUGGCCGCCGCGGACCGCGUCGUGGUGGUGGCGGACGGCGGCGACGCCGUGUCGCGGCUGGGGGCGAGCCUGCCGGUGGCGAUCGUGGCGGAGGGCUGGGAGGAGCCGGCUGAGGAGCUGGAUGAUAUGUUCCUGGGGGACGCGGAGCUCUGGCGGCGGCCGUCGGAGGGCACGGCCAACCCGCGGGGCGGGCCCAACCCGUUUGUGUCUGAGGACGGCGCCUACACUCUGGUGGACGUGAGAUUCUAUGAGGGGUUCAAGCUGUACGGGGAGGACGAGCAGUACUCGCGGAUCGCCGAGGAGAUCGAGGGUAUCCCGGGCGUGCUCGCGCACGGCUUGGUGGUGGGCCGCGCCUGCGCCGCCGUCGUGGCAGACGGAGAGGCGGGCGCGGUCACCACCACAGAGCUCGGCGCGGCAGCGGCGGGGGACGCAGCCGUGUGA